GAAUCGUUUGCACUGGACCUUCUGAAAAAGAUUUCAGGUGGAUCUUGGAAUGAAGACGUAGAGCUGAUGCCAAGUCUUCAAUAGUCACAAGCCACUGGGCUCCAAGAAGGAAGGCGUGUCGUCAAAAAUUGCUCAGUAAUAUAUUUUGGAGAGAAAAACAGCCGAGUAGAACCAAAAAUGCUGCAUAUUGUUAUUCUGUCAGCUCAUGUGCCUCCUGAACAUGCAAUUCAGCCCAACACAUUUGUGGUUGGUACCUUCAGAGGCAUUGAAAGGAGUACAAGAGUCAUGCAGAAGGACCAGAAUCCAAUUUGGAAUGAGACUUUGAUGUGGUAUCUGGAUGAGGAGCUUCUGGACAACAGUUCUGUUGCCGUCGUUAAACUCCUUGAAUGGGGCACAAAAAUCCAAAACAGGGAUUUUGGCAGUGCGGAUGUCGACUUAGGAGGAGCAGCUGAAAAACCAAACGUUAUGAUUAUAAAGAAGAAUCAAAGACUGCAAAAUAACAGUCUGCAGCCAACGGGAUGCACCAUAACGCUAAAAAUCUGCUUCUCACCACCGGAACCUAAAAUGGUCACCCAUCGAAGAAAACACAAUUUAAAGAAAUUGAUCUUCUGCCCUGUCUUUGCCAAGACUUCUGUCAUAGAAGAAUUUACCCUGAAAGAAACCGAGGCACCUCAGGUGCCAGCUCCAACAUCAACCACCAUGAAAGAGCUUUCCAACAAGAAGCAACUCUUCCAGGUGAGAGUUAUCAUCAUUGAAUGUCGACAACUGCAAGAAAACAACGUCAAACCGGUGGUGAAAGUCACUAUUGGAGAUUAUACAUUCCGCACCAGAAUUAGACGUGGAAACAAUCCAUAUUAUAAUGAGACCUUCGUCCAAAAUUUCAACGAGACCCCUCUUCACCUUUUUGAUCAGUUUAUUACCAUACAGGUGCUGAACUCUCGAUCUGUCAGAGCUGAUGCAUUUAUUGGUGUCUUUAAGAUUGAGAUGGGGCUUGUAUAUGACUCUCCAGGUCAUGCUUUGAUUUCCAAAUGGUUGAGCCUUUAUGAUCCAGGGAAUCUCAAUGCUGGAUUUAAGGGUUAUGUGAAGGUCACUCUUUGUGUGCUGGGAGCUGGGGAUCGUGCACCGGAUUUCGACCAACCAGCAGAUACUGGUGAUUUAGAAUCCAAUCUCCUACAGCUGGCAAGUGUGCCAGCUGCACGCACAGCCUCCCUCCAGCUCUACAUCUACCGAGCGGAAGACGUUCCACAAAUACAAGAUGGCACAUUGACACCUUUCACGGCCUCACCGGUGGAUCCUCUCAGCAUCUCGGUGGACCCUUCUCUGGAAGUGAAUUUUGCAGGGCGAGUGCUAAGGACCAAGGUCAUUUUUGGAGACACCAAUCCUGUGUGGAACCAGGUUCUCUGUUUUCCCAUGCAGUUGCCUUCUAUCUGUGACCUCAUUAAACUCACUAUUAUGGAUGGUAUCAUGGAUGUUUCUACAAGGGAUUUUAAAAAUGAAAUAUUGUUCAAGGCUCCCGGUAUUUCUGGAGGUGAAGGCUCCAUUGCACCCCUUGUUUCCCCCAGGGCAGAAGAAGGAGACGGCCUUGUUUUGGGCACUGCCUUCCUCAGCCUCACCCAGAUCUCUUGCGCAGGAGCUGGAACAAAAAAAGAGACUUCGGGGUUCUUGCCUUCCUUUGGACCAAGCUUUCUCACGUUCUACGGGAGCCAAAAGGAGUUUCUGAACCCAGCUGAAGCUCCUGAGAAACGCGGGAUUGAGGCGGAAGAAGGGACCACGUAUCGUGGAAGAGUUCUUACGGAGCUGCGGACUAUCAGGGAACCAAUCCCAGUUCAGAAAAUUGAUGACAUCCCUGGGGAAACUGUUAAAAAGAUGCAGUAUUUCUUGCCUCAGUUCCGAUAUGGCCUAUGCGUUGUCUUUUACUCUGCUACCAUGUUGGCUGAUAUCACGGAACCGAUCCAGUUUGAGGUCAGCCUAGGGAACUACGGGAACAAAUUUGAUGAGACCUGCAAGCCGUUUGCCUCCACUACUCAGUACUGCCAUGCUGUUUAUGAUGGUAAUUUCUACUAUUACCUGCCGUGGUAUGACACUAAACCCAUGGUAACCAUCACCUCGUUCUGGGAGGACGUUAGCUACCGCGUUGCCUGCACAAACACCCUCCAGUUCAUUCACAAGAGGCUGACUCAAAUAAGUAUCCCAGAUGUGGUAAUCUGGAUGCUGUGGGAUGACCGACGCGUGGCCUAUGCCCGGGUGAAGUCCCAGUCCAUCAUGUUCUCCAAAGAUGGCCCCUACGCCAGAGGCAAUCUUUGUGGCAAAACCCAUACCCUUUUCCUAAAGGAUAUGCAAAGCAAAACGAAUUACAACCCCAUCCCCGCCGUGCUCCGGGUUCGAAUGUGGAUGGGACGGAUGGCCGACUGCGCAGACUUCAUGAGAUGUUGCGAAGGGAGGGUCGCAGUCUAUGCGGAAACGUAUGAAAACCAAAAGAAGACACACGGAAUAUGGGGAGUCAUGGAUCUUAUGCCACACCCCAACUUUUCAGAUGUGGCUGGACAGGUCAGCCUCCCCAAAGACAAGUUCCAGCUACCAACAGGUUGGCAAUGGGACGGCGAGUGGGCUGUGGAACCCCAAAGGAGGCUCUUGCUGGACAAAGAGACCAACUAUUCCGAAGUGUUGCAGGAAGUUUACGAGAAUCAGAGUCGACAGCCUAGCCGUCGAUGGAAACCAGCUAAGAUCCCUUACAGUAAUGCGAGUGGUACUCCUUCUCCCAAGAAAGAAGAUAUCCUGUGUCCUCCUGGAUGGAUCUUUGUAGAAGAAUGGAAAGUGGAGUUGAACCGGGCGGUGGACGAUGCUGGGUGGGAGUAUGGCAUCGCCAUCCCACCUGCUGAUUUUCCUCACUCCUGGAACGCAGCCGAAAAGACCUACCACACACACCGGCGCCGACGUUGGCUCCGGAAGCGUUUUCGGAACCUCGGCAGAGAGACCCGACAAAAUCAGAUGGCCGCUUUUCUCCAGCUGCACUCAGACAUUAAACCGAAAGAGGAUGUCUGGGAAUAUGCUCCUCUCUACGGCUGGAGGUUCCACCUCCAGAGGGAACCAGAUGACGUUUUUCGGCGACGUUGUUGGCGCAGGAAACUUGCCCCGGUGGCACCCAGCCUGGUGGCACCCAUUUUCUACCUGGAAGGCUCCUUGGGUGUGGAGGUUGGUGGCAGACAGAAAAAGAAAAAACCUGAAGCAGGAAGGAAAGAUGAGAAGGAGGAGAUUGAACUGGAACUACCAGCUUCCCAAGGUCUCUUGAAGAUGAAUACUCCUCUUCUCUUCUGCGUCUUCAAGAACCCAGUGUAUUUCCAGUUGCGCUGCUACAUGUACCAAGCCAGGGACCUCCUGGGAAGCAUUGUAAAAGGGACUGCAGAUCCUGUGGCCCAUGUCUCUUUUCUUCAUAUGAGCCACUGCACCCACAUUAUCAAUGGCACGCUGCACCCAUGCUGGGAUGAGACCCUUCUCUUUGAAGACGUUUUGAUUUAUGGAGAUCCUCAUGGGACCUUGCAGGAUCCCCCCAUUGUGGCCGUGGAGAUCUUUGACUAUGAUUCAAGCGCCCGAUCGAAUGAUUUUAUGGGAAGAUGCAUCUGCAUUCCAAUUGUGUGCCUGGAUCUCAAUUUAAGAAAGAUACCCCGUCUCCAGAAGCAUCCUAUCAACAAAAACGAAGAGGAGAACGGUUAUCUCAUGGCUGCUUUUGAGCUUCUCUUGGACAGGAAGGAUGGAUCCAUGGGGAAACUUCCUCCUCCUACUUGGAAAGAUGGCGUUUAUACAAUCCCCAAAGGAAUCCGGCCCAUUUUGCGGCUGAUGGCUGUGGAGAUUCUUGCCUGGGGUCUUCGAGACAUGAAGAAUUACAACCUGAUGAUUGUGAACAAUCCCAGCCUCAUCGUAGAGUGUGGAGGGGAGUCCAUUCAGACAACAACCAUUAGGAACUUCCAGGAAUACCCGAAUUUUUCAAUCAACGUCUAUCUCAUGAAAGUGUACCUGCCUGUGGACGAAGAUUAUUCCCCUCCCAUUGAACUGAAGGUGAUUGAUCACCGAGAUUUUGGAUAUAAGCCAGUAGUGGGACAAGCAACAGUCAGAUCUCUGAGUCAAUAUUACUGCAAUCCGUUGGAAGAAAGCAAAGUCCACAAUUUACCGCCCCGAGUCACUAAAAAGGUGAAGACGAAAAUGAAAUUGAGCAGCUUUAAAUUAUGGUCAUGGAGGAAAACAAAAGAAAAGAAAACCGAUGAGGAGGAGGAGGAGGAGGAGGAAGAAGAAGAAAUUGAUUGGUGGAGCAAGUACUAUGCCACAAUGGGAGAUUUAUCAAAGAGCGGACAUUAUCUGGAAAAGGGUUAUGAUAGCAUAAAGAUCUACAACUGUGAGUUGGAAGAAGUUCCCGAAUUCCACGGUCUCCAGGAUUUCUGUCAGACCUUUCAGCUGUACCGAGGAAAAGUCCAAGAUGAUGAUCCUGUGGUUGGGGGAGAAUUUAAGGGGCUUUUCCGGAUCUAUCCUCUGCCAGAAGAUCCCAGAAUUCUACCUCCGCCACGUCAGUUCCAGGAGCUUCCUGCCAAUACUUCCCAGGACUGUCUGGUUCGCCUUUAUAUCAUCCGAGCUUUUAAUCUCCAGCCAAAAGACCGCAAUGGAUUGUGCGACCCCUACGUCAAGAUCAAGCUAGGGAAAGAAAGGAUGGCUGACCGAGAAGACUAUAUACCCAACACCCUGGAUCCUGUGUUUGGAAGAACAUAUGAACUCACAUGUACCAUCCCAUUAGAAAAGGACCUGAAGAUCUCAAUAUUUGAUUUUGACCUCUUUUCAUCUGAUGACAUAGUUGGGGACACCACCAUAGACUUGGAGGACCGACUCAUGUCUCAUUACGGGGCCAACUGUGGGCUGCCACAGACUUACUGUGUAGCUGGCCCCACACAGUGGAGAGAUCAGCUUCUUCCAAGUGAACUCUUGGAAAAUCAUACUCAGGCCAAAAACUUGCCUCAGACAGAUAUAAGUGAAGAUGGUAGUAAAGCUGUUUUCAUGGGUAGAACUUAUCUGCUCUCUGACUUUGAGAUCAACAUACCUUCACAUGGACACCUGGGACCUGCCAAAGAACGUAUGGCCCUCCACCUUCUCCGGACAUGCGGUUUGGUCUCUGAACGUGAAACUCGCACCUUGUAUGAUUCAGCUCUACCUGGAAUUGACCAAGGUAAACUGCAGAUGUGGGUGGACAUCUUCCCACUCUACCUGGGUGAUCCAGGACCUCCUUUUGAUAUCACCCCACGGAAGCCCAGAAAGUAGGUGCUGCGAAUUUAUACGAACUCCCGCUGCAUAAUUUGGAACACAAAAGAUGUGGAUCUAGAAGAUACCAAUAUCUUUGGAGACAAGAUGAGUGACAUCUACGUGAAAGGAUGGCUGGAUGGCCAGGAGGAAGACAAGCAAAGAACUGAUGUCCAUUAUAGGUCCUUGGCAGGAGAAGGCAACUUCAACUGGCGAUUCAUAUUCACGCUGGAUUAUUUACCCAUGGAGCAAGUUUGUGUCCUCACUAAGAAGCAACAUUUUUGGAGCCUGGAUGAGACCAUGCAGAAAGUACCUCCAAAACUGAUCAUCCAGGUCUGGGACAAUGAUAAAUUCUCAGCUGAUGAUUUCAUAGGCAAUCUGGAAAUGAACUUAACCAGCAUCCCACGACCUGCCAAGCGGCCUCGGCAUUGCAGCUUGAAAGUCCUGCAGGACGAUAGCGGCAAGUCCAGCUCGUCCGCUCCUUUUCGCCGACGGAGACAAAAAUGCAUUUCCUUGUUCACCCAAAGAAAUAUGAGAGGCUGGUGGCCUUGCAUUGUCUUCGAGAAAGACAAGCCACGAGUGUCCGGUAAGAUUGAAAUGUCUCUGGAGUUGCUGACCGAUUUGGAGGCCGAUGAAUUGCCAGCUGGGAGAGGACGAGAAGAGCCCAACGCAAACCCCUUUCUGAAGCCACCAGAGAGGCCGGAGACCUCUUUCCUAUGGUUCACAGCCCCCUUAAAGAGCAUCCAUUUUAUUAUAUGGCAGAAGAGUAAAUGGAAGAUC